UCUCUUAAUUCUUUGGGAUGGAUUUACGAUUCGUUUUCUAUUCCAACACUUAAUCUAAUCUUUAUUUGAAUCAUUCGUAAUAGAUCAUCUCGUCGGCGAAGAUCGAUCAUCUCUUGUGUCUUCAUCUCUACCAAUAGAUGGCAAUUGUUAUGUUGUCUCUCUGUGAGAUUGUCCUCAUUUUCCCUUAAUGUUCAUGUUUACUUGGUUUCUAUCGGGAAGGUAAUUGAUUGUCAAUUAAACGCUGAUCGAAUUGAUUGUUGUUCCUUUCACAUUGAUCGCCCGAUCUUCUAGUUCUUGAGAUUAUCUUUUAAUAUCUUCUCCCACUUUUGUCUCACUAUUUUUCAUCCUCAGGAAUCCAUUUCAUUGAAGAUAAACUCACACAAUUACCGUCCAAUUCAAGCCAUCCCAAGCCAAAGUUACUCUCAAUAAGUUGCAACAAUCAAUAGCCUUAAAUUGUAGUGAACAUGAUUACUAAAUUGUUACCAUGGCUCAUCUUCAUCCUUGUAACAGAAUUCGUGUCUAUGCAAAAGCCUGAACUUAUUGACCUCGAAACUGGAACAGUUCAAUUGAAUUGCACUGGAACUGGAAUCAAAUGGUACAAGUUGGUCGAAGUUGAUAAGCCUAAACAAAUUCGAGGCGAUGAAUACAAUAGAUAUAAAUUAUCUAAUGACAAUCGCACCUUGACAAUUGAAGAUCCUCGCAAAAACGUGGACGAAGCCGAUUACACUUGUUCGCGCUCCUCAGGAAAUCGAACCUUUAGAGUUCGAGGGAAACCCGAAUUCUCAACAUUCAAAGCUUCUGGUCACACCAAAGACAUGAAUUCAUUUAAUGUGGCUCAAGAUGAUGAUUUACAUUUAGUUUGUGAGGUUCUGUUAAGAUCAGCAUUUAAAGAGGACGAUGUUGAUUUCGUUUGGUACCGAAAAUUUCCCAAUGGAGUCGAGGAAAAGAUCACCAAAUUGAACAUCUCAAGUGCUGAAGAUGCCGGUGGAUCAUUUGUAACCAAGAAGUCAAUACUUUCCAUGGAAGAUGUGAAAUAUGGAGAUCGAGCCGAGUACAUUUGCGAAGCAUCGAAUGGUCAGAUUAAAGCAAAUAGCACAGUCAAUGUACGAGUGAAAGACAAAUUGGCUGCUCUUUGGCCAUUCUUGGGAAUCGUGGCCGAGGUUUUAGCUUUAUGUACAGUCAUUUGCAUCUACGAGAACAGAAGAGGAAAACAAGAGUUCGAAGGCUCCGACGGCAAAAGUCCUUCCAAAAGUCCUGCACAUUCAAAAUGAUUAUAUUUAUGACUUUGAUUACCAUGAAUCAAGAAGGACAAUGAAGAAGAAAAUAAAAGGAUAAAAUAGAAAAAGAGACUUUAUCAUCCUUCAUCUUCACAUGUUCGUCUCUUGCUAAUGAAACAUUAGAUUGAUAGUUUACCUUUCGUCCUAAUCAAUUUAUUUUCUGUUCAAAUUUCAACUGAACUUUGGAUAACUUUAGUAGGCUGAUUAUCACUUUCUCUCUCUCUCUCUCUCUCUCUUCAUUUGUUGAAUCUUCCAUUCUUAUCAUCUCAAUCAUUUCCUUAUUAUUAUGUUAUAUGGACAAUCCUUUUACUUUUUUCUGUUAAUAUUCAAAAUCUAAUUUUAAUUUGUAAAUUAAGUGUUAAAUCAUAAUCAUAAUUUCUCAUAAUUGAUUUUCUUGACUUUAAAAUAGCUUCUUAUUCAAUUGUAAUUCAAACUAAGACUAUGCAAUCAAUUGCUAUUUCCUAAUCAUUGAUCACCGAAUUAAAAUCAAACGGAUGAUUUUAAUUUCUUUUUUUUCAAUGAGAAACAAUCAAAAUUACUUCUUGGUUUCAUUCAUUUCCUCUAUUCUUGCCUUUAAUUGUCUCAUCACUGUUAAUCUGUAUCAUUAAGAAAAUUAAACGCUUUUUAAUACAAAA